AAGAAGGAGGAUCCAUUGGCAUUCAAAUCAAAGAAGUCAAAGGUACAGGCAAAGACAGGAGGCAUUGCAAGACAAUGGAAUAUUAUGAAGAGUUUGGCUAUACCUGAUGAGGAGAUUCCAAAGUUUGCCGACUCUGCAUAUUGGUUGAACUACUUCCCACCUCACUGCAAGAAUGAUUUGCAAUCGAUUGGAAUGGGCAUUGAUUGGAGACGUUCGUUCAUCACCACCGACGUCAACCAGUACUACGACUCGUUCGUGCGCUGGCAGUUCGAGACGUUGAAGGAGCUCGGCAAGGUCAAGUACGGCAAGCGUUACUCAAUCUGGUCGCCCACCGACAACCAGCAGUGCUCAGAUCACGAGCGUGCCUCGGGCGAGGGCGUGCAGCCACAGAACUACACCUUGAUCAAGCUCGAGGUGUUGGAGCCUGUGCCCGCCUGUUUGAAGGCCAUCGCCGAUAAGGGCAAGAAGAUCUACUUGGUGCCAGGCACCUUGCGUCCAGAGACCAUGUACGGCCAGACCAACUGUUGGAUCCUCCCAACGGGCAAGUAUGGCGCCUUCCAGAUGAAGAACAACGAGGUCUUUGUCUGCACUGAGCGCUCAGCCAGGAACAUGGCCUACCAGGAGCUCACCGAAGUCAACGGCAAGUAUGAGUGCUUGGCCGAGUUCACUGGUGCUGAGAUCCUCGGCGCCGCUUUGAAGGCCCCGUUGGCCGUCCAUCCCAAGGUCUACGUGUUGCCAAUGUUGUCGAUUGACGAGAACAAGGGCACCGGUGUCGUCACCUCUGUGCCCAGUGACUCGCCGGACGACUACGCAGCAUUGCAAGACUUGAAGCAGAAGGAGCCAUUGAGAAAGAAGUUCAACUUGGACGACUCGUGGGUCCUCCCAUUCGAGGUCGUUCCCAUCAUCAACAUCCCCGACUACUCCACCACGGCCGCCGUCAAGGCCUACCAGGACUUGAACAUCAAGUCGCAGAACGAUCGCGCUUUGCUCGACCAGGCCAAGGACUUGGUGUACAUGCGUGGUUUCAAUGAGGGCAUCAUGAUGGUUGGUCAGUACGCUGGCAAGAAGGUUGCCGACGUCAAGAAGCAGAUCAAGGACGAGCUCGUCGAGAGUGGACAGGCCUGCAACUACAGCGAGCCAACAUCACCAGUCACCUCGCGUUCCGGUGACGAGUGUGUCGUUGCCUUGACCGAUCAGUGGUACAUCAACUAUGGUGAGGAGGACCCCGAGUGGCGCAACCAAGUGAUCAAGACUCUCGAGUCGAUGGAGCUCUACUCGCCAGAGACCAGGAAGCGUUUCGAAGCCGCCAUCAACUGGCUCAACCAGUGGGCAUGCUCGCGUUCGUUCGGUCUUGGCACCAGAUUGCCAUGGGACGAGCAGUUCUUGAUCGAGUCGCUCUCAGACUCCACCAUCUACAUGGCCUUUUACACCAUUGCUCACUUGUUGCAGUCGGACUUCAACGGCAAGGUCGUUGGCACUGCUGGUAUCCAGGCUGGUCAGCUCACCCGCGCUGUCUGGGACCACAUCCUCUUGGACAAGCCAUACCCCGAGGGCUGUGGCAUCAUCAAGGAGACACUCUCCGUGUUGAAGCGCGAGUUCAACUACUGGUACCCAUUGGAUCUCCGUGUCAGUGGCUUCGACUUGGUCCAGAACCAUUUGACCUUCUUCCUCUACAACCACGCAGCCAUCUUUGCCGAGAAGAUGCAGCCACGCGGCAUCCGUACCAACGGAUUCGUCUUGCUCAACGGUGAGAAGAUGUCAAAGUCGAGCGGCAACUUCCUCACUCUCUUUGACUCUGUGCAGCAGUACUCUGCCGACGGCACUCGUAUUGCCUUGGCCGACGCUGGUGAUGGACUUGAGGACGCCAACUUUGUCGACAAGACCGCCUUGUCCGCCUUGUUCAAGCUCUACACCCAGCUCCAGUGGGUGCAGGAGAUGAUCGACGCCAAGGCCAAGUUCUACACCGGUGCCCCCACCCGUUUGCAAGACAUCAUCUUUGAGUCUGAGAUCAACCGUGCCAUCGUCAAGGCCGACGAGGCCUACCAGAAGUCUCAGUUCAGAGAGGCGUUGCACACCACCUUCUUCGAUAUGAUCAACGUGCGCGAUCACUACAAGAUGGUGAUGGGUGCCGAUGAGAACAUGAACCACGACCUCAUCUUUAGAUACAUCGAGACACAAGCCAUCCUCCUCUUCCCAAUCACCCCGCACUUCUCCCAGAAGGUGUUCAGCAUGCUUGGCAAGGGCUCCGUGGCCAAGGCCAGAUGGCCAACCGUGUCCAACAUCGAUCACCUCGCCUUGAGAACCAACGACUACCUUAAGAACACAGUGUACGAGGCCAGAAACAAGAUUGGCAUGUUCCUCAAGGGCAAGAACAAGGGUGGAAAGACCGAUGCCAAGGCUGAGAAGGCCACCAUCUACAUCACCAAGACGUUCCCCAAGUGGAAGCAGACCGUGUUGAUCUACCUCCAGUCCAUUUACAACGACGCCACUCGCACCUUCACCAAGGACAUCAAUGCCAUUCUCGAGGAUCUCAAGAAGGACCAGGAGCUCAAGCCACAGCUCUCCAACAUGAUGGCCUACGUCAGAAUGCUCCAGGACGACAUCAAGAUCGAAGGCAAGCAGGCCCUCGACACAUCCAUGCCAUUCGAUGAGAAGGACGUCAUCCAACAGAACCUCGAGUACGUCACCAGAUCACUCGAGUUGGCCACCAUUGAGGUCCAAGAGGUUAUCGAUGUCACCGUCAAGGGUGCUCCAACCCCAGGCAAGCCAACCUACUUGAUC